AUGUGUUGUGGAGAUAGUUGUAGGCCAUUGGCCUUUCUUUUAGGCCUACCUUUUGCUUUGCUUUCACUUAUGGUCUCUCUCGUUGGCAUCAUCAUCUGGAUAGUCGGGUUGACGUUGAGUUGCAUAUGUCCCUGUUGUCUCUGUGUAACUGUGAUGAUUGAAUUAGCUCUGGAGUUAAUAAAAGCCCCAAUUCACGUUAUGCAGUGGUUCACUGAUCAAAUCCCUUGUUGAGGCUUUUUCAUUCUUCAUAAUUUCUCUUAUAUAAUUCUAAAAGGUUAUAUUGUUGUUGAUUAAUGUAAGCUUCUUUAAUCUCUUUAAUGCAUGUAAAAGUUUCAGAAGCUUUUCUUUUGUAAUUUGUUAUUACUUAUUAGUUGUCUAAUAUAUGCUUUGCUUAGUUUUUGAGUUA